UACCUGCCCCUUUAAAAGCCCGUGCUGUCUGUCUCUCUGGCUCCUCCGACUCCAGUUCCAAGGCGAAACAUGCAGCAUUUGUACGCGAUCUACUGGCAGACAAACUUUCGCUUAUCUUCCUGUCACCGGAGAAGGCGCUGGGAGUGGGAAUGCAGGCGCUCCUUGCGAUGCCCCGGGUUCGAGCUCGUCUGGCGCUUGUCUGCGUCGAUGAAGCGCAUUGCGUGUCCGAGUGGUCCCAUCAUUUUCGUCCAAGUUAUCUGCGAUUAGCAGAGGUUUUCCGUCAUGCCCAGUGCGUUCUGUGCGUGACUGCAACAGCUUCUAGACGCGUUGUUCAUGAUGUUCUACACCAGUUACGUUCACGUCGUCAAUUCGAAGUCCAAAGCAACAGGAUUUGUGAAAACGAAGACGAAAUGGUGCUCCAGAUGCCAUGGCAACGCAGAAACUUGGCGCUGGAGGUUCGAUCUGUGUGCUCGAACGAGGAGAGACUACGCCAUCUCGUCCAUAUUCUCCCUGAACUCAGCAAAGGCUCCAAAGGCGGUGGCGGUGUCAUCGUAUACGUUCAUCAACAACGACAAACCGAGGAAUUGGCAGCUCUGCUUCGCGAACAGCUCCCGUCUACGUGGCGUAGUACCGGCAAAGUAUUGGCGUUCCAUGCUGGUAUGGCGUCUGAAGCCAAGGAAAAAGUUCGCACUGGCUUCGCAAGAGGAAGAGUGCGUGUAGUGGUGGCUACUGUGGCGUUUGGCAUGGGUAUCGACAAGAAGAAUGUGCGUGCAGUCGUGCAUUUCCACAUGCCCUCGUCAGUGGAGGCGUACGUGCAGCAGGUUGGUCGAGCUGGUCGUGACGGGAAAGCGGCACGUGCACUGCUGUAUCUGCUGGAUGAAGACGCAGUUCACUUCCGCUCGCUGCUCUUCUCAACGGCGCUGCAUCGAGAUCAACUUCGACGUCUCUUGUCUCUUGUUUUUCAAGAGCAGAAGAAUGACAAGCAUGUUGUGGCUGUCAAGUACUCGAGUCAACGAGCUGGUGGGGACCUCACGCUUGUGUCGCUGGAGCGAGAUUGGCUCGAACGUCAUCUCGACUUGAAGGCAGCUACAGUCGAGACGUUCCUCACGUUGCUGGCACUGGAGUCACGAGCUGACAAGGACGACAAGACGGGUUUUCGUGUAGCUCUGCAACCUCUGAGUAUGAGUCGAUGUACUGUGCAGCUACUUGAUACGCAGGCGAAGAAAUUGGCGCCUAGUUCCUGUGUAAAGAUGUUGCUGGAUGCUGUGCGACGCAUGGAGCUGCCCAGUGCUCGAGUUACUCAUCGCAAGGACGGGUAUCUGAGCUCUUGGACCGUCGAUUUCCACUUGCACGAGACAGCUCACUGGUACGCACGUAGCAGCGGUAAAUGUGAGGGAUCUGUGGCGUCAUUAGUGACUUCAGAUGCGCAGCAGGAAGGAGAGACGAACGCUGUCGCUGUAGCUGCAGCAACAAAUGAAAGACGGAUGUUACAAAAGCUGCGAGCGGCGCAACAGACUGGCCAGAUCCAGCGCUUGUCGAUGUCGCAGCCAUCCUUCCAGCUGCAGUUGAGCUGGCGAGUUGACGUGAUUGACGAGAUGAAGACUGAGGCGGUAGAUCGGUGGACUACCAGUCUGUACGCGAAGCACGAACAUCUCGAGUCACGGCAACUGGCUCGUCUUGCUCAUUUGUAUGGCGCUCUGCAUGCCGCCGCGUUACCAGCUCCAUCUCCAUCAAGAAGUGACGACGAGGAUGAAGAAGAUCUUGACGAGAAAGCGCGUGCUCUGGAGACGAAACUUGUCCACUAUUUCGAAGACGAUAUAAACGAAGAAAAGGAGGACGACGAGCAUUUACUACACAGUAUGCUACGUCCGCUGACUGCGCCUCUGGUUGAGUCUAUCGAGCGAGACACUCGAGCACUAAUACAGCUUCGUCUUGGUGGAAAUCCGAUGGAGGAAACUGAGGCUGAAGAGGACAAAAGCAGAGAGGAGAUCAAAUGGACGAGCUAUGCGGUAGCCAAGGUGUUUCAUGGUCUAACGACGCCGCAGCUUCCGACACGGCAGUGGCGCGACCACGUUUGCUGGCGUCGCUACUCCGACGUGGCCUUCGAGCGCAUCGUACGGAUAGCGCAAGACGUUUUAGAAGGGCAAGAUGCAGAGUGUAGGUCAACUUCAACGUCGUAAGAACUCGUAAUUACGAAUCGAAAGAUCUUAGUCGCACUUAAUCGAGAGUACCGGU